CAGGACCACCUCGGGCACCCACUCUUGGCGAGGAUGGAGAGGAGUAUCCUGAUGAACGGUCAAGGUAAAUGGCAGAGCUUGAUGUGUGCCUCACUAAUCUAGGCGAGAAUGUCUUGGAAAACGCUGUGCUCGUCAUCAAGGAGAAGUCGCGGAGCAGGAGAGGACUUCGAGCGAUCAAUAUACAAAGCGGACUGGUGACGACGCCUUGUCACAAGUUGUAGAUUUACAAAUUACCGCUGUGGAACAUGCGCAGAUAUCAUUGGGAACGGGGUACGUCCAUUUUGGUUUAUCUGCUGGCUAACAGAAUGUGCUUCAGGGCACACAUUUUCUAGGGUUCAUAUCUAUGGAGGAUACGCGAAGGACAUGCAGUUCACUUCGUGUACAUGAAUCCUCAAUCUCGCCACUUCAUCGUCUGCUGAUCCUAUGGAUGUCAUGCUCUUGGACCGCUGAUGCGCGAAUCUCAGAGAUCAAGCUGGCCUGCAUACUUCCGCCACUAGGACCGGUGCGGCGAGUUCGUCCGGCACGGAGUGGACCAGACCUCCGCAGUCAUCCGACGUCGGCGCUGCAAAUACCGGGAAGAUGGAGAGUGGAAGGAAGCGAGACAGCGGCAAGACAUAGGCAUACUACUGACCUCGCCCCUUGCGCACUCUCAAUGCGUGUGCACAUCCUAUUGUAAGAGCGAAGAGCCGCAGAAGACCCCAUGACGAGGUUCACUGUUCAC